CUGGCAGAGAAUUAAAGUGUGCAUCUCUGGUGUGAGAAGAGAACCAGUGAGAACGCGGACUUGCACGUGUUCGUAUCAUGUGUCGACGUAUAUUACUGCUGCUCUGCGUCGUGGCCGCGCUGUGCCGGUCGACGGUCCAGCUGACACUCCGAGGCAGAUCCUCGGCGAGUCGGGCCGUCCAUGACGACGCGCCACCGUCGCCGCAAAGCGGCCGAUAUAAAUACGAGAUCAGGACGUUUGACGUGCGCGUGGAUCACUUCAGUUUCGCCGUACAGGACACUUUCAAGCUGAGAUAUCUCGUAAACGACACUUGGCGAAAAACGGAGAACGCCCCUAUAUUCUUCUACACCGGAAACGAAGGCGAUAUCGAGGUUUUCGCAGAGAAUACGGGCUUCCUGUGGGAAACCGCACCGCAAUUCGGUGCGCUGGUAGUGUUCGCCGAGCACCGUUACUACGGUGAAUCGCUGCCCUAUGGGAACCGGUCCUACGCGGACCCGCAGCAUCUCGGCUAUCUAACGUCCCAGCAGGCUCUAGCCGAUUACGCGGAUCUUAUCGGGUAUCUAAAGUCGCAACCAGAAUACAAGCGCAGCCCAGUCAUAGCUUUCGGCGGUUCGUACGGCGGUAUGCUCAGCGCUUGGAUGCGCAUGAAGUAUCCCCACAUUAUUCAGGGCGCGAUUGCGUCUUCGGCACCGAUUCAGCAGUUCGCUGGCGUUGUGGACUGCGAGGCAUUCUCUCGGAUAGCAACCUCGGACUAUCGCGCCGCGAAUUCGACAUGCCCGCAGCUCAUCCGGAAGGCGUGGAGUACGAUCACCAACGUGACUUCGAAUGACGAGGGCAAGAAGUGGCUGUCGGACAACUGGAAACUGUGCGAGCCGCUGAAGACCGCGGAGCACGUCAAGACGCUGAAAGAUUUCUUGGAGGAGGUCUACAUAAACCUGGCUAUGGUCAACUAUCCGUACGAGGCUGACUUCUUAGCGCCGCUACCCGGCAAUCCAGUUAACGUGUUCUGCCAGCAUCUGACAAACGCGUCAUUGACGGGAAAACCGCUGUUAUUGGCACUUCAUCGAGCUGUUAGCGUUUAUACAAAUUAUACCGGUAAAACGAGCUGUAUCUCCACGAGGAAUGCAGAGCCGGGAUUGGGCGGUGAUAAAGGGUGGGAUUAUCAGGCGUGCACGGAAAUGGUGAUGCCGAUGUGCAGCGACGGUAACAACGAUAUGUUCGAGCCGGUGGAUUGGAACAUCGUCAAGUACAAUAAUACCUGUUUCAAAAAAUAUUCCGUAUCGUCACAACCUUAUCUGGUUUGUGAGCAGUACGGCUGCAAGAAUUUUACCAACGCGAGCAACAUCGUUUUCAGCAACGGAUUGCUGGAUCCAUGGACGAGCGGAGGUGUGCUGCGCAAUUUAUCAGAGUCAGUGGUCUCGAUAUUGAUGCCGGGUGCCGCGCAUCAUCUCGAUUUACGAGCGUCUAACAGUAACGAUCCGUACAGCGUUCUAUUGACGCGCAAUUUCCAUCGGUUUUCGAUUAAUAAGUGGAUCAAGGAAUAUUGAUUGAGAUAGGAAACUGAAAAUUCGGUGCGACGAAAGAUGUUCGCAGAAUUAUUGGGAAAUAACUCGCGACCGCCUGGUCGAAAUUCAUCCUUUAUAUUUCUCAAAUUAAAAAUACGAAAACAAAACGCCUACGCCGCGACAACAAUAAAUAUUCAACGCUGAAUCGGCUGCUUAACGCUAAAUAAAGCGUUGGCGAAAACUCAAUCGAAAACAUAUGCGCGAAAGCAUUUCGAUAUAUCACAGUAAAUAAUAAAUGCACAUACAUAUCUCGUCGGGCAUUCUAAAAGAACUACGAGAGAGUAUAAAACUUUCAGAUAACGCGAAAGUCCGAAACGCAUUUGAAGAAUGUCCGAUCUUUUCGGACGUUUUCGCGAUAUCUCUCGGACGUUUGCGUUGUCUAAAGUCACGAAUCUAAUAUCACUAUAGCACAUAAAAAAUGGCUACUUUAUCAAAUAAAAAGUAACACUAUCGCGAUUAUUUGACACAUACUCGACAUUAAUUAUAAAUAUAUGCGCUGUAUUAUUCCUAGUUAAUAUUUUUAUCGCAUUAUGUAAUUUCUUACGCCAAGUUUGUCCGAAGGAAUCAUGUAGGGAGUAUAAGCGAACAAAGCUACCGAAGAGAUACGAAUUUCUACAUGUAGAAUAAAUUUCUCUUAAAAGAACGUUGGAUCUUAAGCCGAAUCUAUAAAUAUCAUGUAAAUAUCAUGGUUUUUUUAUAUGUCGAUCUUCUGAAAUUCUCAAAUCCUUAUUUCGCAGGUACAGCAUUGUUUUUCACUUUUCUAAUGGACUCGUAUUAUUUUUCUACGCUAUCAGAAUGAUCUCUCUCUCUCUCUCUCUCUCUCUCUCUCUCUUUCUUUCUCUCAUAUUGUUACCACGAAAAUGUAUAUCUAAGAAUAUUUUUACAUACUAUUUGUGAAUGUGUUGAGAUAAUCUUACGCUACGUUAUAAAUAAAAAAAAGUUUAAUA